UACGAGAUGUUGGGAACGUGUCGUAUGGUCUGUGAGCCUUACGGCCCCGCCGCCGCUCCCCCUCCGCAACCGGCCGAACGCGGUCCCCUCCCGCCGCCCUCCACCUUGGUGCAAGGUCCUCAAGGUAAACCAGGGCGACCGGGGAAACCGGGACCACCAGGACCACCGGGAGAACCGGGACCACCGGGACCGGUGGGAGCACGAGGUGAAGCAGGACGACCAGGACCCCCGGGAUUACCGGGACCGGGGGCUACGGGUGCUGUAAGUGCUGUAAGCGCAGCUACUUACAGCACGGUGCCACGCGUCGCCUUCUACGCCGGCCUCAAGAACCCCCACGAGGGCUACGAGGUCCUCAAGUUCGACGACGUCGUCACCAACCUGGGCAACAGCUACGAUGCCACCUCCGGCAAGUUCACCUGCGCCAUCCCCGGCACCUACUUCUUCACCUACCACGUCCUCAUGCGUGGCGGUGACGGCACCAGCAUGUGGGCCGACCUCUGCAAGAACGGGCAGGUAAGG